UAGCGUAAGAGGUUAAUCGCGAUUAUUUCCUAACAGAAGGCAUUUCGCGUCAAGGAUGUUGUUCGGCCGGCCGUCCGCGUAUCGCGGUAGAAAUUUUCGCUGACAAUGGGGAAAAGAAAAAAACGUGUCGUUGUCACGUAUGCGACGGUUGCUGCAUCGUGUCGCGUCCCACCGAAAAGCCAGCUAAAUUCGAUCCGAUUCCCAAUACGCGCGCGUGUAGCGGUAUCUGAUAACGGAUCGCGUUCCCUCCGCGUUAUCAUUAGAUAACGCCGCCACUACUUUCGUCGAUCGUGAUUCUCGCUGUUGAAAAAUUGACUUUGCCGGAGAAGAAAUGGCUGUUGCAAUAGCAGUGAUGAACGCGAGGAAAUUCUUUGAAUUCUGUGGAUGAGUCGAUAAAGGAUUGAUCGGAUAACGCCGCGUGACAAGAGAAAGAAGAUAAAGGACAGGAUGAGUAUCGUGCCGAUUGCCAACAGGAGUUUCCUCCACGGAGAACGGAAGGCAUCCGCGACUUCGGAGAGAAUUCUCUACGCGACUCUCGACAGUCUAGCUUUGAAAGGAGCGACGUUGCCUCUGCAGCUGUUGCCUGUCAACAACGAUAACGCUGCGACCGAACGAAGGAAUAACGAGUCGAAGAGUAAAGGGAAAAUUCGUGUCGAGGCGACCGCGAAGAGAUCCGGCCCCAAGGUCGACGUUCAAACGGCGAGUGUCUCAUCGAAGCAGUACGCAAAGUGUUUCACGGUUGCAUCAUUGUCCUCGUCGCCGAAGCCAGACUCGCAGGAAACGUUGAAAGCCAUCCCGAUCGAGAUACCUACCUCCGUCCUCGAGCAAGAGAAUCGCGACGAAGAUGUCGUCUGUUUGCCGCGCGUCUGCAUCGAUAACAGCGAUACCAAUGUUACAUCGAUAAGAACCGCCGAUAAUGAAGAGAUCGCGCGUGAUCCCAGUCAUUUAUGCUGCUCGAACGACGAGGACGCAGCUCCGUCGAGUUCGAGGGACGAUAAAACCGAGUCUCGGUUUACGGACGAUUACGAGAAAAUAGAAUAUAUGCUUGGCACAUUGGACGAGUGUUGGAAGGAAGAAGCGAACGAUGAUGAUAAGAAUCCUGGUCCCGAGGACCAGGAGGCCGCUUCCUGGUGCAGGAAAAACAUGUUCGUCAAGUCGAAGUCUACGAACGAUUUAGCCAGCAGGAGGAGCGACUCGGACGUGAGACUGUUGGAUGGGAAGUCUUUGAUGGGAACGUUCUCGGACGGGGAACUGACGGAGAGAUUUCUCCUUGGCAACGAGCUGCCACUAAACAGCGAAAAGAAGAAGAAACAUUUUGCGAGGAACAUUGUACUGCUGCGGAACUUCGUGCCGGAGUAUUUGGCAAAGGGGCAGAAAGGGAAGAGGAGAAGACGAAAGGGGAAGGAUAUUGCCAGCCGAUCGUUGAACUCUCUGAAAGUAUCGUCGUUGACGGACUCGAAAAUCGAGAUGGUGGAAAGCGGCAGAUACAGAUCGAGGAGUCUCUCCCGGGAAGAGUUGAAGUACCUGAAGAUCUCCCCGCCGACAAAUUUCGUGCACGUCGCGUCAGCCACAAAUCCGAAUCUCGUGUCGAACGAGAACAUCGUCAGAUUUAGUCUGGAGCAAGUGGUAAUCACGCACGAGCAAAAGUGUGCCACGUUGCCUCUUCUAGUCGCUACCAGCCGCGAGAAUUCUUCAUUGGCUGAGAAACGAGUCGGGCAAUCGUCAUCGUGGUCGUCCUCGUCGUCGUCGAUCUCUUUCGGCGCUGCGUCGCCGAUCGUUCGCAAGCCGAAGGAGAAAGCCACGCAAAGGAGCAACGCCCCUUUCAACCUUGAACACCUGAAACGGGAAUUACUAUCCGAGUUGCAGGCACGAUCGGCAAGAGUGUUGGAGCUGAGCCAGCAGGUGAAAACAAGCGAGCAUCGGGCGAACGUACUCGACGAAUUAACGUGCGAGCCGUGUGCCAAUUCCAGUUUUCUCUGGAGCGAUCGGAUCAAGAACUUCCUUUUGGAAAACACGCGAUCCACUCCCGAUGAAAGUAUUGAAAACAUCGAACACGCCGUAGGCCAAGUGUACGAUGACGUGGGACCCGUGAAUCUGAUUAACCAGAACGAUUACGACGACGUGGGCACACCUGCAUUACACGUCGAUGAAAGUCACAUCGGCGAGUUGUUAGCUGCUUUUCAAGAUCCCAACGACAUCUAUGACGACGUGAUGGGUCCAAGCUGUGCGGGAGACACGUAUACAACUAACGAGAGUGAAAUCUGCGACAGCACCGCGAAGCUAGGGAGCAACGAGCCGUCCGUCGUUAACGAAUAUUCCAGCGUAGAUGAAGAUAUCGACGUUGCGUCGAGCAACGAGCAGGAUGUGUACGACGACGUCGGUUUACCGAGCGAAGAGCGAGUCAAUAGUCUUUAUACCGGCUCUACGAUGAGCUCUAUUUUAGGACCGAGUUGGACCUACAAUAAAGAAUCCGAGUGGGAGGAUCUGGAAGAUUCAACGACGAACGGUUUAUCUCAGUUUGAAAGCAAAUGCUAUACUUGGUAAGUGUGACACGCGUUUCUUUCCUUGCAAUUUCUCUACAACGUGGUUUGCUCGAUGAAAAAAAAAAGCACAGAGGCGCAAGUCGUUCCGAACAAAAGAAAAUCGGGCCAAAGAUGGUCCCAAAUGAUGAGGAGACAACGGUCCAGAAUGUCGAGGAAGAACUUUAAUUCGUCGUCGAAGCCGGUUUCCUGCGAAUCCACGCUUCACGUGGCUGUGAGCCUUGGCAAAGGAUCGGUGUUGCUCGUCGGCUGUACGGAGAACGUCGAGGAAUGGAGGAAAGAAGAGAGCGACGAUCAUCGAGCGGCGCAGCAAAAUUCACAGCGGACGCAGGGCCUCGUCCAGAUGAGAGUCAUCGAUCUGGACGAAGACGUGGACACGCAGGAAUCAUCGUGCUACGUUCACGAAGACGACACGUCUGACGACAGCACGUACGAGAGCCUCCAUUCCUUCCAGCCGGACGACUUCUGCACAGACUCGGAAACGGAGACGACGAUCAACGAAGCAACGAGGGAGCGAGAGAGCGAACAGAAGGUCUCGAUCGAUUCCGAUCGACUGAUGAUCACGUACUUGGAAGCACCCACCAGGCCGAAUCCUCCGCCACCGCGCGAAGUCAGUCUGACUCGAACUCUCGGCAGAAGAAUAAAGAUGCUCCGGAGGACCUGGAGCAUCACCAAAGGAAGCCUGGGCCGCAUACGAAAGAAGACGACGGUCGACGACGAUCAUUCCUGCGAAGAGAGCAAAGAAUUCUCCAACGUCGAUGGUGGACGAUACUUUGGUUUCGCCAGACACUUCAAGAAAAAUGUCACCGGACCAUUUUCAACUUUUUACUUGAGCGAUUACGCCGAUUCUGCGAACGGCAACAACGAUUCACCAACGUCGAACGUGGAGCCAAUGUACAGCAAUACCAACAAUGAGAUGAUGGAUCACUACAGCGUGCUCGCCGAUCAGGAACCACUUUAUCAGUUUUAUGCGGCAGCUGCUGCCAGAAUCGCGUCUGACUUUAGCUCGGAUGGUUACGAGGAGAUCGAGACUACGAUCCCGUCGCGAUCCACUACAGAUCUGGUGAAACCCGGGCACAGGACGUUAUGGUGCCAAACACCGCAAGUCAUAAACAACGGUCUUUUACAACGAUUAAGCACGGAUGAAAAGAAAGUUCAAGAGGCAAAGUUUGAAAUUCUCACCUCCGAAGCGUCUUAUCUGAAUUCUCUUCGUGUCUUGAAGAACGAGUUUCUCGACGAAUCCUCUUUCGACGAGUUCUUAACUCCGGUCGAGAGAGACAAACUGUUCGGUGGUAUUCCUAGCGUGUUGCAAGCGUCGGAACAGUUUUUAGCCGAACUGGAAACUGUAUGGAGACAGGAUCCAAUGUUACACGAUUUGCCAGACGUCCUGCUCAAAUAUGCCGAGAAAUGUUUGCACAUUUAUGUGGCAUAUUGUUCUAAUCAAGUUAGCAUAGACACGACUCUUAAAAAUUUAAGAAUGCGAAAAGGUUCAAAAUUUACUGAAACGAUAUCGCAGAUAGAAGCUCGUUCGACCUGUCAAAGUUUGUCUUUGCACUCAUUUUUAAUGUUACCGAUGCAGCGAAUAACGAGACUUCCUUUGUUGGCUGACGCGGUUCUUUCUAAACUACCAAUAGAACAUGAUGACAGAUCACACUGGGAAAAAGUAUUGUCGAGUUUAAGUUACGUCGUCGCUGAAUGUAACGAAGGCGCCAGCGCUGCAGCUAAGGAAAUCGAAAUGGAAAAUUUAACAAGAAAAUUGGAGUAUUCGGUGAAAAUUAAACCAAUAGGAUUAAAAGGGAAGCAUUUGGUUAAAAGUGGAUCAGUCGUACAACUAUCGACGAAAACUGACACAGAAUACAAACUUACGUUUGGGAAAAAAUUCAACAAAACUCCUCUUUAUUUAUUAUUGCUCACGGAUCUUCUUCUAGUCACAAAACAAAAGUCCAAUAUUCACGACGAAACAUAUACCGUUAUAGAUACUUGUAAGAGAAGUUUAAUCACUUUAGAACCAGUUCCUGAAGACUCGCCGUUUGCUGGACGCAACGCGAUGCUGUUGACUCUCUUGGAGAAUUAUUCAGGUCAUCAGGUCGAGUAUAUCUUAACGUGCGAAAGCGAUACUGAAAGACAAAGGUGGUUGGAAGCGGUAUCACCUUCGCAACAUGGAUUACCAGAAGAAACUCUUUACGAGGUGUGGGAUUGUCCUCAAGUUGUAGUUUUAUAUUGUUAUUCUCCGAAUCAACCGGACGAAUUGUCGUUGCAUCCAGGUGAUGUUAUAAACGUAUUUAGAAAAAUGUCGGAUGGAUGGUAUCAAGGAGAGAAAUUGCUAAAUGGUGAACAGGGCUGGUUUCCUGGAAAUUAUACGAAAGAGGUAGCUUCGGAACAUGUUCGCGCGAAAAAUCUUAAACAGAGGCAUCGUUUUCUUGCGCUAAACGGGAACGUGUUACAACGAAGAGUAAAACAACAAUCAGCCAUUCAUUAAAUGAAUGAUGAUUAAAUUAUGAACUAUUAAUUUAUGUAAUUUUUAAUAAAUCAAUCAUCACGAUAUUCUACAGAAAUUCUAAUCCUUUUCGUUCUCGCAUAAAUGAUAACAAGUAUAAGAAUUAGAUAAAAUUGAGAACAUCUCUGUAACAAAAGUAUUUCGUUAUUUAUUAUUUUAAUAUUAUAAAUACUAUUAUAAAUGUUUCCUAAUAAUUUUAUGUAUAAUUUAAUUAGUUAAAAGUUCAAGGAUAAAAACGAAUGAGUUAAUAAUUUAUUCGUUCUAAAUAUAAUAAUCAGUGGAAUGUUUUGUUUAUGUAAAUAUGAGAUAUGAUACACAGUCUUGUAAAACAUGUUCUUCAGUUCUUUCUGAGAAAAAAAAUGGUAUACAGUUCUCAAACAGUAAAAAUUCAACAAAUCUUAAGCAAAAUAAAUAAUUUUUUGAAAAUAAAAGUGUUAUAUUUUUAGACAAACAUUCCAGCAUAUUUGUCAUUAUCGUUUCCCGUAAUAAAUGCAGAAAACUUCUUCAGCCAUGUUCACUUUCAUAUGAUACAUCUUAGUAACAUUUAUAUGCCUGCUCUGGAGUAUCUGGAUGGUCUCACUUCAAAUAAUUUUCUUACAAAAUAUACCUGUAUCGUUGUUGUUACCAUUAUAACAAUUAUUUGUGCAAUAGACCAUGUUUGGACAUAAGAAUUGUUAUCCAACAAUAAGUUUAGGUCACGAGCUUCUCUACUUCUACUCAAAUGUUGAGUCUGAAGCAUUUCGUUAAUGUUUCUUUCCACUGUGGUUAUUGUAGACUGAUCACUGUAAUGUAUAAAUUAACUAAUUUUGAAGCAAAUCUGGAAAACUGAUUAUCUAUACAAAUGCUGUAGUAACCAGCAUUUUUUACAGUAUCUUGAUAAUCUGAAUUAGAUAGCCACUGAUAAGGAUGAACUAUUACUCCGUCUGGAUUUCUUACUGCGAAACCAGCUUUUCCAUCUCCACCACGUACUACCUGCAUAUUCACGUAAAAAGUAGCGCCAGCAUGAACAUAUUGAAAGUAACAAUCCUCCUUUCCGGCAUCAAUAUGAACUUUGUAGUCUAAAGCCACUGCGGGUAAACUUUCAUACCAUGGAUGUGGCAUGCUGGUGUUUGCGAGGCUAAGAAACACUCCGAACACCAGACUUCGCAAAAGAUUGGACAUUGCUCACGUUUAAUCGAACAGAUCAUCACAACAAUCUGCUCGAACCAACAAUCGCUUUCACGAUCACUAACAAUCGCGUUUCAAUAUGCCUCUCCUACCGCCAGCACGGUCUUCAGUGUUUCUCAACUGUUUCGAUGUAUUGUUACUGAGUCACAUUUAUCCAUUUGCCAACGUCAAAUCUUAUAACAUUACGUAAAUUAGUUGAAUUAUCGCUAAUUCUAAGACAACGAAUAUAAAACCAAUUUCAUUUAUAGAGAGAACGUGGAAGAAUUACAAUUACAAUUAAUGAAGAUAACAACAAUUCGAUCAUUUGAAUUUUAAAACGCUUUGUAAUUAUUUACAAUUCAGUCGUUUAUCACGGUCAUUGAAAAUUGUUGUACACGUUUGCGAGAUGAGGAUUAUUAAAUGUGAAUGAAAAGCACAAUAAACAAAGAAAAUGAAUAUUUAUAUAAGUACGUGAUCCCAGGCGAUCUAAAUUACGACUUUCAAUGCCAAGUGAAAAUAUCUGUGAAAGUAAGAGCUAUCCGAAUUUAACGCGAGCAAAGUAUCGGAGCAAUUCGAAAUCCUACACGCCAUAGUUAUUAAUUUUUAUUCGUAAGGAAAGUUCUUCGCAAAAAGAAUUCUAUGGAUAUCGAAAAUUAGGAAAAAGGAAAAAAGAAAAAUUGAGAUUUGUUCCGAUAUGAAAUUGCCAAGUUAACUCGUUGAAUGGUAAUUAAAAUCAUUUAAUAAUCAUAUCUCAACCAAUGCAGUGAAAUAGAUUGAACUUUUGAGAGGCGAACAACACGAAGAGCGUCGAGCUACGUAAGUUCAGGGACUUUUUUUACGGUGGCUACCCUACUUGCAUAUGUUCGAUGUAUUUUUCAAAUGAUCAUCAAAGCGUAAACUUCAGUCGACGAAGACAUUCAGAACGGUUUGGGAGAAUUGGGUUUGGUUGUACGGAAAUGGAAAUUGUUGUGUAAUUUCUGGCUGAUAUAGGUCAUAUGGUUUACCAAUUAAACGAGUAUCGCCGACAAGUAUGCAAAGAAAUAUAUGUGAUAAUAUGUGGUGCGUUUUUGAGAAUGGAAAGUGUUGUAAGAAUACAAAAGUACAGUAAAAGGAAAAUAUCGUUGUUUGUGCGGUGCAUAGCAUAGGAAUGGUAUCGCCGUCUAAAAUUCAACAUCAAGAGCACAAGCAGCCAUCAAGAGAAAAUAAAUCAAACAAGUACUCACAUGUUCAUGCAAAGAAGGAACUGAAGUUGUUAGAAGGAAAAGUGUUUUAUUUGGAUAUCAAGAACCAUGCUACUACAGCUAAAAUAGAAGCAAAGAUCAAAGAUUUGGGAGGAGUAAUAGAAUUAUUUUUAAUAAGAAGCGUAGACCUGGUGAUCAGCGACAGAGUAGACAAGACUGGUUACGUGAAUUUGGAGAAGCAUAAAUGGGGUUGUGUCAGCGGAGGCAGCGGGGGACCUCCUUCGCUGAGGAGUUUAGAAACUCCAACCCCCAUGCCAACUUCCUCGACACCAUUUUUUAGUCCAGAAUGCCCCUUGUCUAAUACAACCAAUUUAAGGGGUCAGACUACCCAAAGAUCCAAAUCUCGGGUGGAGGCAAUGUUGGAGCGUGCUCUCAUACAGCCACAACAGUGUUCAGUGGAUCCACUUUACAACGCUCAAAAUUGGGGAAUUCCUAUUUGGGCAAUUGACAAAUUUCAGGCUUGGCUUGACAAAAUCUACGCACCUGUCAAAGACACAAAUCAUUUGAAACAGUUGAGACACUCGCGUCAACAGAGUGCAAGCAAAGAUAUAAAGGUCAAACACCUGAAAGGUUCUUAUCUGAAGUUUGAGUCUUUUCAGAGGAAUAGUAGACCUGUAUUUGUUGAGCUGCCUGUGUGGCCAACGUUGAAUUUUCACGGUGAUCCAGGCUCUUGUCCUUUCAUUACAAAGAGACGAGAAAAACUGGAAAAAUUAGAGAAAGAGGUCAAGGAAAAUAGGGAAGGUAUUCAAGCUAUCAACCAAGAGGAGAAAAAAGAAAUGACUCGGCGGCCACGAACAACUGUCCGUACUCGAAGAACAGAUCAUUUAGCUUCCGGUUAUUGUGAAAUCUGCCGUAUUAGAUAUAGAGAUCUGACCAAACAUGUACAAAGCGAUCAGCAUCUUAGCUUCGUUCGAAACGAUGAUAAUUUCUUGUCUUUGGAUAAAUUGAUUAACGCUGGAGCCAAUGUAGAGGCGUUUUUAGAAUUAAACAGAGGAAAAAAUAUAGAGAAAGACUGCAAUUUAUUUUCCAAUGGAGAUCGUAAUCUUCACAACACAGUACUGCCAGAAGGGAAGGUCAACAGAAAUGCAAAAAGUUUAGAAGGUUUCGAUGUCGGAGAUAUAAAGAUGGUGCAGCGCAAUGGUGCACGCCGGAAUCUCAGUUUAAAAUUAAAUUCCUCUCAUAAUUUACGUACACGUGCAAGACACGAGAGUGGCCAUUUGUUGAGAUCAAAAGGUAGCCCCUGGCACGAAGCGGAUAAAGCGGAGAAGUUUUAUGAUGAGUUCGAGGGUUUUACUAUCAAGAAGCGAGCAAAGGGGACAAUCUGGAUCGAAGAGGAUGAGCCAGGAGAUAAAUACAUGGAAGAAGACGAGUUGAAAGAGCCCAAGCGAAACGAAUAUAAAAUUAAAACGUUCUCGACGGAAUUAGAGGAGAAAUGCUGCGAAAAUGGGAAGAAUUGUGACACGUGUACUAAACUUAAAGAUACUAGCAAUCAGAAUGUACAUAGGACAAUAAAUUGUAAUAACGAGGAGAAUAAUAUUAAGAGUGAUAUAGAACGUGUCAAGCAAGAACAAACGUCUGUAAAGGGUAAAAAUCACGAUCAAAUUAACGGAAGCGUGAAAAACGGUUGUAACGAAAAUCUUUUAAGUACAAAUGGCAAUAGCCGUACCGAAUCCUGUAAAGUAUCGCCUGGAAACGAAACUUUGAAAGAACUAACUUGCAAAUUCCAGUUAGAGAGCACUCCGUGUAGCGCGAAAAGACUUUCGGAGCACAAUGACAUUACCGCGGACACUAUCUGUAAUGGUCAUACUAUAAAGGACGAACAAAAAGUUACUAAAACGCCGAACAAUACAGAGAAAGAUGAAAUAACGAAAGAAGAGAAAUCGAAAUACUAUAGAUCAAGAAGAGGUAGCCGAAGCGUUAGAGGGCGGCAUAGGCUGUCCGUCGAGGAACGUUUAAUCGAAGAUAACCGUGCAUAUUAUAAAGUGGAAGUGUUAGGAAGUAAAUUAAGGUCGAGUGUAUUGUCAAAUAAUAAUUCCCAAUGUACAGUUCAGAGAGAUGGGGAUUGUGAGGAAAAGAAGGAAGUGCCAUCUAGUGAAAAGCCAGUAGUUGUACGAUUUAAACGUGUAAGAAAGUCGGAACUGUCGUUGCUGAGUGACGAGGCGGAAUCUUUUAUGUUUAGGGAACUUAAACGAGACGAUUCUAGUGAGACGAGCGAUGGCGAACAGAGUAGCAUAUUGCCAAGGGAUACUGAAAGUGAGUGCAACGACACCGGCAAUUUCAUUUCCUCCAACUCGUUGUUAAGUUCCAGUUCACCUGUGAAGUCGGAAACCAUCGAGGACGAUUCUCAGGACUCUUUAAACUUGGGUCGAGCUAGGAAAAGAAGACGGACACAGGCAGAAGCGUUGAUCAAAGACAACGUUGAUUAUUACAAAUUUGAAACUCCUGGGAGCAGAUUAAGGUAUCAGGCACCUCUGACUGGUAUUAAAGAGUCAUCGACAAUUGAAAAUUCGGAGAGAAUAGAAGAGAAGGUGGUCGAGAACAGUGUUGUCGAAACAGGAAAGGUGGUAUAUCCGUCCAAGCCCUCACCAGAGGUCGAGAAAAUGCAAUUUUCCUUCGAAGGCAUACCGAAGUCUGAACCGUGGUAUCAAACGUAUCACCGGCAAGAUAUGGGAGCUGAAUUUUGGCACUAUUUCAGCGAGGGGGACUCGGAAAAACCGUUUCUUUUGCCAUACGAAAUUGAGAAUUUUCACGAGAUUCUGAUAAAAAAUCAAAGUAGAACUGAAAGCAAGAGGAAAGGUCGCGGGCGGAGUGUGGGUUGUAUCGGCCGGUCUCCUAGGAAAAGCCCUCGCUGUCACGCUUCCACGUUAGCUAUUAUGUCAACGAUUAUUAGGAAAAGGGAGCAACAACAACAGCAACAACAAUCCCCAAAUUUGUGCACGAUAGACGAAUGCCAAUCUGUCAGGUCACGGGCAAACACUCCAAAACCCGACCACAAAACUGAGUCGUCCAAGUCUGCUGACGUACACGUACACGAAGAUCUAAAAGAAAUAGUAAAGAGCAUCGACGAGAUGCUCAAUGCAAACGACAGUUUCGAACUGAUUGAAUCCUUCAAGCCAGAUACAACUCAGAUAGAACUGAAUGUUUACGAGCCGAACGUUCCGAGAGGACCACCCCCGAAUUUGUUCGAGUUACUGGAGAGUUGUCACGAUGUGAUAAACUGUUUGGAAAAUUCGUCGUGUGCGAGUUCUGAGUGCGGCGAGGGUAGCGUCGAGUUACCAUUGAAACGAAGGAAGAAGAGGAAAAAUAGAACCGGUUGGCCUGGCAUUAAAAUGAAGAGAAGACUCCAAAGUAAACCUCUGGCGGAUAUAAAUUGUGACAGAGAGAACUUGGCGGAUAAAAGUAUUGGAGAGAAUGAGAAAGAUUGCGAUGUACAGGUCACGAAUAUAUCUGGUAGAUUAACGGUAGAAAGUAACAACAAGAUAGGUGCAUCUGUUACGAAUUCGAUCGCGCAAGAUGAACAGUCAUUAGGCUUCGGCCAGAGGAAGGACGACGGACGUUUAUUCGAAAUGUAUACCUCGAGUAUUUCCUCUAAUACGCGUCACGACGAAAACGAGAAGAAAGAUGUAAGUAUAGCGGUCCCUGAUAAUUCCAUGUUACAUACAACAAAUGCUGAAUCCUGCACAGGUUCACUUACACCUGAUAUAUGCAACGAGACUGACAGGAAUUUCAUAUUGAACAAAGACUACGGAUUCAGGAAGAACAUGUCAGAGAUCGAAGAAGAAAUGUCAGAGAAUGAUCCUGGAAACGAUGAAAAUCACGAGAACGUGUUCCGCAAAGAUGUUCACUCUAUGUCGGAACGUCGCUUUAUAUCCAACGCAACCAUCAAAAAACGGCAACGUGACAACACAUCCUCUGAAACUUGCGAGCCUCGCGUGGAGCUCGACAAUCACGAGAUUUUGUGCAGAAAGGAGGCCGAGGCGACAAUCGUUUCCAGGAAACAUCACAACACGAACGGAUUGUCAAGAAAGCGGCAACGGAAAAAUCAUUCUGAGAACUCUGACUCUGAAAUCGAAAAGCAUCGUCACCACCAUCAUCACCAUUAUCAUCACCACCAUCAUAACAAUGUAUAUAAAAGGAACAGAGUAUCUUCGCGGAAACGGAUUUAUGCGAGAAGAUGUGCGAGAAAAAAUAAUAUGUCUUCGAACGCAGUGUUCGAAGACGAGAACUGUAAAAAGGAUUCCUAUUUAAGUAUUACGUGUAAAAAGCCACAAAAUAUACGGGGUAAUACGAAACGACGAGCCGAUACUAUGUCAUCGGAAACGCAAGAUUCUGAGGUUGAUUGUACAUUAUCGGGACGCGUUAGUCCUGCGAUCAUAGCUACUUCAGAACUGGGAGAACGACGUUCGAGUAUCGAGUUUCAACCAGUUGUUAGAAUGAUGAAGAUCGAUGAUCAAGUUGAAAUGGACCACAGUAUUCUUUCGGUAACGAUCGCAAGCAACAGACGAUUAAGAAGUUCCAGUUCUCCGAGAUCGAAUACCCAGCCGCCGAAAAAACGUUUAAAAACCAACCGCGGUCAGUUCGGGAGGUGGUUAAAAAGUAGCUGAAAUCCUCGAUACGAUUUGCGUUAUAGUUUAAAUUUUAAAAUCGGGAUCAAGUCUUUCAUACGAUCUCGCUGUUGAAAUUUAAUCUAUACAGUUCGCAACAUGUAAAUUAUGUAUAAAAUAUUUGUGUAUGUAGAAUAGUAUUUAACACUACUGGCGCACCGAUAAUAGGGUUUUAUUAAUAUUUUCCUUAAUGUCCUUUUUCGAUAAGAGUACAUUGAUAUUUAGGUGCAGUCUUUGUGUUUUCAAAUCAGAAAGUCAGCGUGUGUAUGUAUACCUGCGUUUAAACAAAGUACUUUCUUUUAUUUUCUUAUUUCGGUAUACAUACAACGUGCACAUAUGAAGGAAGUUAUUUUUAUUUGUAAAAGCAGGCUUUAGAAUGCGCAAUGCUGUAAAACAAGCUUCAUUAUAGCGAACAAUAAUUUUCUGUUAUAAAACGCAUCAUUGAGUGUAAGAUAUAAUUCAAUAUAUAUAUAUAUGUAUAUGUA